CACACACACUCGGCUUCAUGCUGCACGCACACACCCACCGUCUCCUCUGACUGUCUGUGUACACAUCAAAGAAGAAGCUUGGUUAGGACUUUACUCAGACAGUAGUAAGAUUUUGGACAUGCUGUGGGUGUGUGUGUAUGUGUGUGUUUGAGCAGUGUUGAUCCAUGUGCUUGAGAUAAUGCAAGACAAGUGAUUUAUUUUAAUUUUUUUUGGGAGGGGGGGUUUGCGGCUUGCCACUCAGACGCAGAGACGUAACUUUUUCUCACUAACUUCAGGACCCACUGCUCCUUCUUGUGCCAGUGUCGACUCACUCGACAGGAUGACAUGGCGUCCUCAGUACCGCAGCUCCAAGUUCCGCCACGUGUUUGGUAAGGCCGCCACCAAGGAGAGCUGCUAUGAUGGUGUGCCAAUCACACGCAGCGUCCAGGACAACAACUUCUGUGCUGUCAACCCACGUUUCCUGGCAGUCAUCACUGAGUGUGCAGGGGGAGGGGCCUUCCUGGUCCUCUCUAUCAAUCAUACAGGUAAAGUGGAUCCUCUCCACCCCCGAAUAUCGGGCCACAGAGGCAACGUGUUAGACGUCAAAUGGAAUCCCUUCAACGACUUCUGCAUCGCCUCCUGCUCUGAGGACACCACGGUGAAAGUGUGGGAAAUCCCUCCUCAUGGUGUGCUGAAGAACCUCACAUCACCAUGGAAGGAGCUUCAGGGUCACAGCCGCAGAGUGGGCCUCAUUGAGUGGCAUCCGACUGCUAACAACAUCCUCUUCAGUACAGCCUAUGACUUCCAGGUGAUGAUCUGGAACCUAGACUGUCCAGAGCAGGUGAUGAAGAACCCCGUGCGGACAAUCAGCCACCACACAGACGUCGUUCUCUCCAUGUCUUUCAACACAGAUGGCAGCCUCCUCGCCACCACCUGCAAGGACAGGAAGGUCCGACUCAUAGAGUCACGCUCAGGAAACCUACUGCAGGAAGCCAACUGCAAGAAGCACAAAGCCAGCAAGGUGCUGUUCCUGGGUAACAUGAAGAUGCUCUUCACAUCAGGCACUUCACGUUGGAACGACCGACAGUUUGCUCUGUGGGAUCAGGACGAUCUGUCUGUGCCUUUGUUAGAAGAGAACCUGGAUGGUUCGUCUGGAGUCCUUUUUCCUUUCUACGACCCAGACACACACAUGCUGUAUCUUGCGGGGAAGGGUGACGGAAAUAUGAGGUACUAUGAGAUCAGCUCAGAAAAACCGUAUAUCCACUACCUAACAGAGUACCGCUCAAACCUACCUCAGAAAGGAAUGGGCGUGAUGCCAAAGAGAGGUCUGGAUGUGAGCUCCUGUGAGGUGUUCAGGUUCUACAAACUGGUGACAAUCAAGAGUCUCAUUGAGCCUCUUUCCAUGAUCGUACCUCGCAGGUCGGAGUCAUACCAAGAAGACAUCUAUCCAAUGACGGCUGGUAACAAGCCUGCUUUGACUGCAGAGGAGUGGCUCAGCGGCAUAGAUAAAGGUCCGGUGCUGAUGUCUCUGAAGCCAGGUUGUCAAGUAGCAGAGUCGUACUCAGAGAUGAGCAAGGGACUGGGAAACUCACUGGACACUCGCAGGUCUCACAGCAGACCAGGCGCCCUGCAACUGGCAUACAUUCAGGACCAACUGGGAACCAAAGACGGCAAGGAGGACAGCGGUAAUACGGAGGACGACAGGAGUCGGAUUCCUGUCAGCAACGGAGAAGACCUUGCACUUUGCUCUCCGCCCAGGACUGAGAAUGAGCUGCGUCUGAAGUUCCACAAGCAGCAGGAGGAAAUCCGACGGUUGAGGGAGCUCCUCAACCAGAGGGACGUGCGCGUCAAACAGCUGGAGCUGGAGAUUAAGAACAUCAAAAACUCCCAGUCUCACCAGAGCUCACCUUAAGACUUGUCUGACCCAUGGGGGUCACCUCCACCCCCUCGUGGAACACGUGCAUUACUGUACAAACUUCCUAACCCCAUCUUCACACCACCACACCUCUUCUUAAGGUCCUGACUCACCUCUUAUCCUUUAAUGAGCCCACUACUCACUGCACAGGGGUGAUUUUAAACCUCAACUUUGUGUUUUCUUUCAGUCAGGUGCACAUAUUCUUUGUUCAUAUAAAUACACACAUUCUCACCUAGCUGUAACACGAUUUAAAACUCUUUGCACCUGUCGACCUUCACCCUGUUUAUUUUUUAUGCUUCACAGCUAUGCAAAUUAAUUGUAUUUUUUAGCUUUUUUAUGCUCUUUCUAGCUCAGAGAUGAAAAAGGAUGUCUGUGCCUGUCUUGACUGAAUGAUGGGGCUGUCUGCGUGUUGUUUAAAAGUUGUUGCAGGGCAGGAGCAGACAUCCUGUGCGAUAACGCUAAUUUUUUUUUUUUAUGCUUGGUGAUUGUUUUUUUGUUUUAAAUAUUUAAACUACUGUAAGUGGAGAUGGCUGUGGUGUUUUAAUGUAUGUGUGCUUGAAUGAGAGUGAUCUAAAUGAAUGACAAUAUCAUUCCAGCUGUGUUGUUGCAUUCCAUUGAGCUGCAUUUGUUUUUAUUUUUGAUGACUGGAAAAUUUACUGGAAAAUUGGCGAAUAAUCAACCCGUUUUACAGCAGCUAUUGUGUAUGCCAAUUCUGUACCUGAUGCUAUGUAGCAGUUAAGUUUUUAUAUAUUUAUUUUAAAAUGCAGUCAAAGGAAAAUACCAUUUAAUCAAGUACUUGAAUUCUUGGCGAAUACAGCACGCAAACUGUUUAAAAAAGGAUAAAAAGCCUGUUUGAUUUUUUUCCUGAUGUGGAGUCACUGUGAAGAAACUAUUUAAAGCCAUUGUAGAGCCAGAGUCUUGCACCACUUCUGGGUUAGUUUGGGAUCCACUAGCUUUCAGUUAUGAAUGUAUUUGGGUGUCUUUUAUUGCUCUCUGUUAAAUCUGAAACAGUUCAUAUUUUAAGCUGAAAGAGUAUCUACUACUGUAGUGGAUAGUAUAGGUAAAAUAGAUUUUCCAGUAAAUGUAAUAUAUGAUGAUAUAUAUUGUUAUAUAUUAUUAUUCCUGGGUCAGGAACCUGCAUCACCCUUUUGGGGUUCUAAUUUGCAAUAAUGACCAGCUCUCUCUACAUUAUUCCUUACAUAUUAUAAUCUAAAAUUAGAAAAAAUUUGGUUAAAUUGCACAAUCCUACACAGGACCUGUUGAGUUGUUGAAUGCUAACAAAAUAAUUAUUGAGCUUUAUAAACUAUCUCCACUCAAGGUCUAUUAAUCGCUUGUUCUGGAGCUUUAAACGGUUUUCAUUAGUAGAUGAGGUUUAUAAGUAAGUGGACCUUGAGUAGAGAGAGUUGUUUUUGUCAACUGCUGUUUCCAGUGACAAUAAUUAAUUGUAAAGCUACAUUUUAGGACAACAGGGAUGAUAAAUCCUAAAACGGAUAAGUAGAGAUGUGUUUUUUAGAAGAUGGAGAGAUUCCCAGUAUGAUGGUUCAGCUUUGAAAUAAGAUUGUGGAACAGAAGUGAUAUAAAUAUUUUACUUACAUGUGAUAGGGAACUCAUAAAUGUUUUUUCAAGGCUUAGCUGUGAUAAUUUGUUAAUGCAAAGACUUAAAUAACCAGAAUUGAGUACACACAAAUUUACACUGAGCAGUUAGUAAAGUCUACCCUAAUGGCACAGUUCUAUAAAUAGAAAUGUGUUUUCCCUCAAGGUACUUCUCAGUGGUGUUCAUAGUUUUUGCCACUGUGCUGUCAAUUCAUCAUAUUUGUUGCUUUCAGAAUUUAAACAUUCCCUUGUCUCUCAUCUCUAUGUGCGCCAACAGUUUUGUUGUUAUUAUUUAGAUUUCCUCAUGAGGGCAGUAGAAACUACACACUAUAGCUUUAAGAGGAACAAUUUUCUGAUUGGCAUGUAAAUAUGCAUAGAUGUUACAGAAGUGUUUGCAGAUAUAUAACACAAACAAUAACCAGAUACAGCACAAAUUAUCAUGCAUGCCUGUAUUUAGUAUGUAGUCAGGAACACAAUCGCCAUAAUGAAAUUCUAGGCUUACAUUUCAUGGCCACUUGUCAAAGAUUUGCCACAUGGAAACUGCCACACCAACCCACACAUUGCCUACAGACACACUGGCCUCAAUACAAUUGUGAACCUUUUGACCUCUGGCAGGACAGUUCUAGCACAGCUUCAUCUCUGGCUGACUUUUGUCCUGGAACAGCAACACCCCGGCCAGUGUAAACUCCAAACCACCACUGCUGUUGGUGGACGGUGAACACAUUCCCACUGUGUACUGCUGUUUUUACAGUCGGCCAGUGGACUUGCUCAAGGACUGAUUUAGCUGUUUGACCACAUCACAACAGUUGAAGGUGACAGUUUUUACUUCCAGAGCCAUUCCAAUCAGCUUAAUCGUGUCCAUGUUUUCCUCAAUAUUUAUUCAAAUGGGUUUUUUCCUCCAUCCAAUUUUUUUCUUUUUAAUAUUUUUAUAAUUGUUCUCCCUCUCAAAAGUCUGACUGGAAAUGCAAAUGAAAAAAGGAUUGUUUAAAGUGUCUGCCAAAAUUGUGCAUUUAAAGAACAAUCAUUUGCUAGCUUGGGAAUGAAAUGCUUUAUGUAGUUUAUACCGCAAAUAAAUACUGCAUAUCUCUAGCUAAAUAACAGAGCAGCUGC